AUGGCCGAUGAAGAGCACUCUCGAUCCGCGGCUUCCGACGAAGACGAAGAAUUCGAUGUGCCCGAUGAUGGUUACGAUGAUGAAGUAACGUUAGACGAGGAAGAAGCGCUUGGUGAAGGAGCGGCUGGAGCCGAUGAAUUGGCAGCGCUUGAGGAGGAGGGUGAAAUGGAUAUCGAGGAAUUACGACGACGAUAUGGAUAUGGGAUGCCACCUGAGACAGCGAACGGCACAACGAGUAUCGAAGAAGUUGCAUGCGUGGAGAUUCAAACAGAAGUGGCUUCUACAAGUUCAACUCUCAACUUGCUGAGCUACUACGAACAUCACGGAGGAGAUGAUGAAGAAGACAAAGAUUACAUUCCAUAUGACAAGAAAGAGCCUCGAGUUGAUCCAGUGUUAUACCAAAUAACGGUGCCAGACUUCUGUACAUCAUCAAACGAGCUGCAAAGGGAUUACCCGUGUACGGCGUUGUGGAUAUCUUCAAAUAAACUAGAAGACGCUAUGCUGCAACUGAUUCAAGAACAGAUGAAGGCCAAAAACCCUGAAAUUCGACUCGAAAAUUGUUCAAUGGUACUCGCCUCUAAAUGUUUUCAAUCCGACAACGAAGACUUGCUGUUCACCAUUCUACAAGUUGGCUACGAUGGAGAAGCUGCACUGAAGGCGAGCUGCGAAAAUAAGAUUCAACACGCAAAUUUACCGAUUAACACGUGGAGUCGCUCAUAUUCUCCUGAUGGUGAUUGCGAGCAUGAUGUCGCUUUCAGUAACGAAGAAAAGCAAAUGUUUGAUGUCUACUACAAAGAAUUCGGCAAAAAUUUUCUCCAGAUUGCUCAGAAGUUUCCCGAGCGAAAAAUGGGAGAACUCGUCGAAUACUUCUAUCGCUACUUUAAACGCUCCGCUAGACUGGAGAAAUAUGUACACAAAGGUUACAUUAAAGAGAAGGACUGUAUCGACGUUGCUGAAAAUAUCCGUCAACAAAUCAAAACGGCUGAAAAUCGAAAAUCAAAAGACAUGUCAAGUCUUUGGGAGGGAACACCGACAAAGGAUUUGGUC